UAUAAUAAUUUAGUGAUCAGCGAUCGUACCCUGGCGGCUUGAAUCAUGCCAUUUCGAGCCGUGAUGCUGAUCAACGCAAUACCAUACCCAAGACACGAAAAAUGACAGAAAAUUGAUAAAAUAAGCGACUCAUUUGAACGUGCACUAAAUAUUGGGAACAUAAUGUGGUCGGCAGCAGUAGUGCGCUUCAUAAGACGAAGAUUAGUGCUAGGAAUCAUAUUUGCAUCUUCACUUACGUACUGCAUCGUUAGCUUCUGGCGAGAAGGUAGUUCAAGGAAAAGUUAUCAAGAUAUCCCAAUUGAGAGAAAACCAUUUGUUUGGCGAACUUUGCAAGAAACCAAUGAUACUGCUGACAGGAUACUCUGUAGGAACUCCCGACAGGGGAAAGAGUAUAUUGUAGAUGACAGAGGUUACAUCUGUGAGCGUCCAGACAUGGUGAAGUAUGGCUGCUGCGACACGGAGUCGGAGCACACCAAGCGGUACCAGUGCAACACGUGCAACCAACACAACUGUUGCGUCAUCUACGAGUACUGCGUGUCUUGCUGCCUGGACCCUAGAAGAAGAGACAUGCUAGAGCUGGUGCUCUCUAAACUCUCAGCUGAAGAGAAUGUGCUCUUCCGCACACUCACUGACGACUACGAGCUGUGCCUUGCCAAGUGCCGCACCAGUUCGCACAGUGUUCUUCACGAGAAUGCGUAUAGAGACCCAGACCACAAACACUGCUUCGGUGAAGAGCCACCGGGGACCAAGAAACCAGAUUAAAGUGUGAUGUAGGAACUGUGGAUAAAGUGAGUUGGAUAAAAACCAAGGUGCAUUGUUACAUAGUGUUGAUAGUUGUGGGUUGGGUAUAUGUGGUGGCUUGUGAGAGUAAGUACCUCUUAUGUUAUAUUAUGAUGCUGGCACCACAUUGGCUAUUCAUAUUUGUUAUUCGAUGAUUACAGCAAUCAUAUGCCAAAUUUCAAAAAUGUAGGCAGUUUCGGCAAUAGUAUGGUGACCACACAUAUAUUAUACUGACCACAUAUGGCAGUUAUGGCAAAUACGAAUAGCCAAGGCAAGUGGUAUCAUGAGAUUUAUGAGUUGGAUAUGGUUGGGAUGUACCUCUUUUCCAUACCCAGUGAUACAUAGAUAGACACUGGCAUGAAAUAUAUCUGUAUGUGGGCAUUUUAUAAAAUUUGUAAUGACACAUUUCACAACAUACCUACAGUAAAAUUUUAUCUAUAUGCAAAAUCACUAGUAUUAUGUUUCUUUUUAAUUAGGGAUCAUAUUUAAUAAACCGGGUGGUUUAGGUGCUAUUGCUUUUGAAUUACAAUAAUUAUGUACUUAUACAUAUUUUAAUGUUAAUUUUACUACUGGGAAAUUGGGAAUGAAUGAGAAGUUAGUUACAGUUUUUAGUAGAUAGGUUUACUGAGUUUCUGUUAACUUUUUUACUUUUAUAAAUAAAAGGGUUUCCCAAGGGAAUUCCACGAAAAAAGUUAAAAAUUACAUUAUGUUACUAUCACUCAGGUAUAAUCUUAGCAUUUUAAUAGUAAAAUUAUUUUCAGUAACAUGUUUAAACUAUUUUUAUU